AUGGCAGGGGACAGUGGCGACACAGCCAUCAUGACAACCACCAGGAAUGCAAGUGAGAGUGCGGAUGCCGACCAGAGCACUCCGCAACAGGCCGUCUUCGACCUUCCUGAGCUUCUUGAAAUGGUCUUGGAGCUGUUGGACCCACUUGAAAUCGCUAAGGCGGCCGCCAUCAACCGGACCGCGAAAGACUUGGUGAGGCGAUCUCCAGCACUGCACCAAGCCAUGGAUUCGAAACCUCAAACCAACAGCGCCUUCCGCAUCCCCUGUCUUGGACGCUCCCAACAAGACUACACUUGCGUGGAAGACUUGCGUUUCGCCGUGGGAGCCGAAGAUGAAGACCGCGGGUCGUGCGACGUCACCGUAAGCAUCAAAAUCGACGCCGACUAG